AUUGCGCAGCAGAUCAGUGGCAUGCACAUUGGUGCCGAGUCUCUCCAAGAGGGCCAGGCAAGGUGGGAGAGAGGAGAACCCGACUACUUAGGCCGUGACUCCUUUGCUAACAUCCAGGCCUACAUCGACUCCAAGAUCAAAGGCAACGGAAAGUAGAAAUGCUGCCGGACUCAGCAUGAGUUGCGUGCAGAAUGUUUCAAGAUACAAUGCCUCGCUUGGAUAUCUGAUGUUGAUCAGGGCAGCAACUGUGAUUAGCAACUGUAAAUGGGAUUUUGUAGAAAUGUUGAUCUCCUUUCUUGGGGAAAGAAUUGCAGACUGUUAAGCAAAGGAUACAGUUGUUUCAGAAAAUGUUUAAACUGACCAUGUCCACUUACCUGCCAGUAUCAUCAACAGAGGGUUCUAAGUGUGAACUUUUUCUAUAUUCAAAUGUAUUUCAUACUCUGUGGCAUAUUACAUAAUCUUCACUUCAGUGAUGAUGUUUUCAAACUUUUUUUUUUUUCUUCUUCAUCCGUUAUGGAAGAUAUCAGACAGCAAAUAGAUGCAGCAGCAAGUGACAUGCCAUAAGAAGCACCUUCUUGAGCUUCUGACAAUGUUGAGGCUUUGAUGGCCUUGAAAGACUGCAGCUUUCAUUAUGGUUUUGCUCCUACACUGCUUACUGUUUGAUUUACAGUGAAUCUCGAUUUUUUUCUUUUCUUUUUUUUUUUUUUUUUUUUUACCUCUUUUGUUAUGCACAUGCAGUGUACUGUUGAUUGGUUAACAGUCUAGUCUAAUUUGUUGCUCAAAUGUUUUUUUUGUUUUUUUAUUUUUUUGUUAUGGUGGACUCAGUGCCUUUCAAGGGGUAUGAUUGAAAGUGGGGUUGUGGGUCUUCUGACAGUGACAUUAGGACAUGAUACAGAACAGCUCUCGUGCAAUGUUGGGUAAUUUAAUUGUAAUUUAAAAUAAAAGAUAAUUAAAUUUAUGAACAAAUAUCUUGUGUUCAGACAUUCCGUUUUACCCAAAAUACUUACUAAAAAAAAUGGUUCUUGAUUCAUGUAUUGUGCCAAAUAAUUGGUGUGUGCCAAUUGAAUAAAGAAAAGAAAUUGA